AUGUCUGAGUAUGGUGUUCCAGACGCGCUCAGCUCAGGGCCCGAAAUAGACGCCCUUCCAACCACCAACGACGCCAACGGCGAUGCACCUGUUUUUCCCUCGCUACAGAACAAUGGCGCGGGAAGUCCCUUAUCUUCAGAAGCCGCUGGCGGUCCCACGAUCGGGGAAGACGACAACGACGACGAGCCCGCUGUAGCGAAGCCAUUCAUGCGAACAACGAGUCCUGACCCGUCCACACGCGCGUUCCCAGAUACCUUCGAUGACCGUGUCCCUGACCGCCUGAUUUACAAGAUGCAUAAGUUCAGUCUCUACGAAACAGCCAGUCGUUAUUACAUCGUCGGUGUCGAUGUCAGUGAAAAGCGUUAUCGAAUCCUCAAGAUCGACCGCACCACCGAGGGUGCUGAGCUCAACGUGACAGACGACAAGAUUGUUUAUAGUUUGAAAGAGAUGAACCAGCUGCUCGAUACAAUAGAUGACGGGAACCGAGGUACCGGCGGCAUCAAGCUUCGUUGCACCACAUGGGGCCUCCUUGGCUUUAUCAAGUUCACCGGCCCCUACUAUAUGCUUCUCAUCACCAAAAAGAGCACUGUCGCUAUGGUCGGAGGCCACUACAUAUACCAGAUUGAGGGUACUGAGCUUGUUCCCCUAACUCCCGCCAAGUUCAAGCCAGACGCCCGCAACACCGAGGAGCAACGAUUCCUCGGUAUCUUGAACAACCUCGACUUGACUCGUUCUUUCUAUUACAGCUAUUCCUACGAUGUUACCCGUACCUUACAACAUAACGUCAUCCGGGAGCGCGAUGCUCUCGCCAAGGGAAUGCUGCCACCAGACGACGAUGAUUUCAACUCUAUGUUUGUCUGGAACGACUAUCUACUACAACCUGCCGUUACUGCUCUUCGGGACCCCUAUGACUGGUGUCGUCCAAUUAUUCAUGGGUACAUUGAUCAAGCGGCUCUAUCAAUUUACGGCCGUACUGCACAUAUCACCGUCAUCGCAAGACGCUCGCGCUACUUUGCCGGUGCCCGGUUCUUGAAACGCGGAGCCAACGAUCUUGGUUAUGUUGCCAACGAUGUCGAGACGGAACAAAUCGUAGCCGAGUCACUGACCACGUCGUUUCACGCACCUGGUCCUCAACUAUACUGUAGCCCGCAGUACACCUCCUAUGUCCAACAUAGAGGGAGUAUUCCGCUUUACUGGACACAGGACAGCACCGGUGUCACACCCAAACCCCCGAUUGAGCUUAAUUUGGUUGAUCCGUUCUAUGGUGCCGCCGCUCUGCACUUCGAUAAUCUGUUCGAGCGCUACGGUGCGCCAAUCUAUGUCGUUAACCUGAUCAAGUCUAAGGAGCGAACGCCUCGUGAAUCAAAGCUGCUGGAGGAGUAUACGCAUGCCAUCAACUAUCUCAACCAAUUCCUGCCUAAGGAUAAGAAGAUCAUUCACAAAGCAUGGGACAUGAGUCGCGCAUCAAAAGUCCGUGGUGGGGAUGUUAUUGGAAACCUCGAGCUUAUCGCAGAGUCGGUUCUCGCUACGACAGGCUUCUUCCAAAACGGAGACGGUCUCACGAGCCCCAUGACAGCACAGAAUGGAGUGGCCAGAACAAACUGCAUCGACUGCUUGGACCGUACCAAUGCUGCACAGUUUGUCAUUGGCAAGAGAGCCCUAGGGCACCAGCUACAUGCCCUUGGCAUUCUCGAGGAUACGUCAGUCGAUUACGACACGGAUGCUGUCAAUUUGUUCACUCACAUGUGGCAUGACCAUGGUGAUACCAUUGCUGUUCAGUACGGCGGCUCACAACUGGUCAAUACCAUGGAAACUUACCGCAAAAUCAACCAAUGGACGAGUCAUUCAAGAGAUAUGAUCGAGAGCUUCAAGCGAUACUACAACAACUCUUUCCUAGACAGUCAACGUCAGGAGGCCUAUAACUUGUUCCUCGGUAAUUACAUAUUCACUCAAGGCCAACCUAUGCUGUGGGACUUGGCAACUGAUUACUACCUCCAUCAUGCCGAUCCACGAGAUUGGUCCGCCAGGUUGAAGCACGACUACAUCAAUUGGUAUGUUCCGGCUCACUUGCAGAAACGAACAAUUCCACCAUACGUGCCAAGCAAAGACAUUGCCCGUGCUCAUCCGGUUGAAUUCUUUGAUGACUAUUGGCUUGAGUAUUACAGGCCAUCGACUCUCUCUUCUUUUCCCAAAAUGUUCGCCUAUAAGAUGAACUCGACAAUCAAGUACAUUCCCCUCAAAUCUACCCAGGAUGGCCGCUACGACCUCAGCCCUUUCCGAGUUCGAACCGAUAAUGAGGUUGAUCAUGGUGACAAAAAGAAGUCGAAGAAAGAGGCUCAUCCACACGUAAAUGUACCAAGUUCGCGAGGACAGGCUGCGGGAACGAAUGGGGCAUCAGACUCAAUCUCGGACCGGUCACCGGCGAAAGGUAUCUCGCUCCAGCGUUGGCUGCAACCUGUUCAAGACAAGGGUACACUCGCCAACUCUCUGCGACUGGAUACGAAUCAGUCAUUGCAGACAUCCGAACAUAGCCCCAAGACGAAGCCAACAGCUCUGGAGAAAUCUAAGGCUGCACAAUGGACUUUCACCAAAGCCGUCCAUGACUCUCUCAAUCCAUCCGUUGCCGAGCAGGAAUCCGAAGAUUAUGAGCGAUACAUCCGCCAUCCUCAAAACCUUCCUCUCGUCAUCUCAAGCGACACGCCUGUGGACGUAGAUGCGUCCGAGUAUCAGGAGUAUGUAAGCGGUGACUGGCAAGAUGAAGGUUUAAUGGUCAAAGGAACUGAAGAAGAGAUCGAUGUCUACGCCGAGCUGCUCAAGGUGGGAGAAAACCCUCUAACAGUGACUGAGGAAGAUGGUCCGAAGAAACGAUACAAAGCCUAUAGGAAAUGGCUGCGUGGGAAGUCUUUCUUCAAGCAACAACCCCUAGACUGA